AUGGCUUCGAAACAUAGAUUAGGUAAUUUAAUACGUAUAACAAGUAAUAUUGAAACUUCUAAACCAGAUCCAUAUAUUUUAUCUGUUGAUAUUGGUACAUCAUCAAUACGUGCUUAUCUAUUUUCUAAAACUUUUCAAAUAAUAUCAUCAAGUCAAAAACAACAAACACUUCAUUGUCCUGAGCAACAUGGUUUCGAAUUUGAACCUGAAGAAUUUUGGCAAAAAUUUCUUGCUGUUAUACAUGAAACAAUUGAACAUGCUAAUCCAUUAACAGUUAAUGAUAUAACUUGUUUAGGUAUAUCAACAUUACGGAAUUCAGUUAUAUUAUGGGAUCGUAAAACAGGUGAAACAUAUUCAAAUAUUAUUUUAUGGAAUGAUUCAAGAUCAAGUUCACAUACAACAACAACAAAUUCUUCAUUAACAUGGAAAACUAUACGUAAUGUUGCGAAAUUUAUACAUCCAAUUGUUCAAACAGCACGUUUAUCAACAUUAUCAAAUCUUGAAUUUCGUACACAAAUGAUUGCCUUUAAAUUAUUAUGGUUAUUUGAGAAAAAACCACAUUUAAAACAAUAUGCACGUCAAAAUCGAUUACUAUUUGGUUGUAUUGAAACAUGGAUUAUAUGGAAAUUAACUGGUGGACAUGAACAUGUAACAGAUGUAUCAUGCGCAAGUUCAACAGGACUUUUUGAUCCAUUUCAAUCUCAAUGGUCAACAUUACUUUGUAAAAAUUUAGGAAUUCCAAUAGGAUUAUUACCAACAAUUAAACCAACAUUUGGGCAAUUUGGAGAAUGUAUUCCGAGCUUAUUCGGUCAUGCUAUACCAAUAACUGCUGUUAUUGGUGAUGUUCAAGCUAGUAUGUUUGGUCAAUGUGUAUCACAUCCAGGUGAAUGUUUAUUAACAUUAGGUACUGGUGCAUUUGUUAAUAUUUUAACUGGUCAAGUUAGUGCAUCGACUGAUGGUAUAUAUCCACUCGUAGCACAUUCUGAUCUUUCGGAUUCAUUAAAAAAUGUACAUUUUCUUCAUGCUUAUCAUAGUUGUUGUGCAAAUGUUCUUAAUUGGGCACGACAAGCUGGAUUUUUUAAUGAUUUUUCUGAAUUAGAUCAAAUAGUAACAAACGCGAAAUCAUCACAUGUAUUUUUUCUUCCAGCAUUUGAUGGUCAUAAUAAUGAUCCAUAUUGCGGAUCGGGUUUUAUUGGUAUAAGUAGUACAACAACACGUGACGAUCUACUUCGUUCAAUACUUGAAUCAAUUGCAUUUAUUGUUUAUGAAUUAUUUACAUCUUUACGAGAUAAUUUUAGUGUAUAUCAACCUGAUAAACAAUUUAAAUGUUUACGAACAGCUGGUAAAGUAUCAUCAUGUGAUUUUAUUUGUCAAACUAUUACAAAUUUAAUACAAUUACCUAUUGAACGUUGUUAUGCAUUUGAUUAUGCAUCUGGUAUUGGCGCUGGAUUUUUAGCUGCUUAUGGUUAUGGAUUAAUUGAUGAUUAUGAACAUUUUCAAAACAUUAUAACAGUUGGAAAGGUUUUUCAACCAAUUAAAUCGGAAAUAACAGAAGAAAAUUUUAAACAAUGGAAAACAAUUAUUCCACGAUUUACUAAAUGGUAUAAAAAAGAUGAUAUAUAA